CAAUCCUAAUAGUCCAAAAAACUCUCUCCCUCCAUUGCCAACCCCAUUUUCCUUUAUAUAUAAAUCCCACUCAUAAAACUUUCUUCAUUACUUCCUACUUAAUUUCUUAACAACAAAUUAAUACAUCCUUAGCCUUGAAGCUCACACACCAAUCCCUUUCAAAACCUUCUUCUUCUAUAAGUUUUUUUCUCCAUCUUAAUUUCUCUUUUUUCAUGGCAUCUUCUUCAUUAACAAUUUCUCCAAGAAAGCUACACUAUGAUUUAUACUCCUAUUCAUACAAAGAAGAUUCAAACACACCAUUAGUGAUAAAUGUUCUAGCUUCAUUAAUUGAAAGGAACAUGGCAAGAACACAAAGAAUUGUGAAAAAUUGUUCUAAGAAUUUAUCCAAAGCAAUUACCACAAAAAUAUUUGAUUGUAGAGAGAUUCCUGAUUUGACCAUUCAAUCUUAUUUAGAGAGAAUUUUUAGAUACACACGUGCUGGACCUUCGGUUUAUGUUGUAGCUUAUGUUUAUAUUGAUCGGUUUUGUCAAAAUAAUGUUGGGUUUAGAAUCAAUUCAAGAAAUGUUCAUAGACUUCUCAUAACAACCAUUAUGGUUGCUUCUAAGUAUGUUGAAGAUAUGAAUUUCAGAAAUUCAUACUUUGCAAAAGUUGGUGGUUUAACAACGAGUGAAUUGAAUGAGUUGGAGCUUGAAUUUCUUUUCAUGAUGAAUUUUAAAUUACAUGUUAAUGUGAGUGUAUUUGAGAGCUAUUGUUGCCAUUUGGAGAGAGAAGUAAGCAUUGGAGGAGGGUACCAUAUUGAAAGGACCUUAAGGUGUGCUGAAGAAAUCAAAGAAAAUGGUUACACACAAAUUGCACGUGUAAUGUUGUAGAUUUUUUAAGGUGUUUUGUUGUUUCAUUUUAGGUAUUUAUUAUUGCCUUGAAAAAAUAAAGGAGAGGUAGUUUAUGUAUAUAGAUCAAUGUAAAUUUAAAUGUUUGUUGGAAGAUUGUGAUUUUAGAACUAUAGAUAAGGACAAGUGAGAUCAAUGUACAAAAUUUCCUUGUUCCAUUAUAGGGAAACAAUGAAUUUUAUCUUCCAGAGUUUUGAGA